AUGGCCUCAAUACGCAAGGUUCUUUACAGUAUCCCCCGAGGGACCAAGCCCGAUAUCAAGAAGCUUUAUGCUUUCGCAGCCAAGGCAAGAGAUGAGCUUUCUCUCUGGGUGUCUGGAUUAUCAGAAAGCAUCUCUGUGGACAUGACCGAUCUGGGUCGCGUUCACCUUCCCCAUGUCCUACAGCUACAUAUGCAAUUUCAUGCCGUUCGAAUUAUUGUAGAUCAGCCCUUCGCCUUCCAGCUACCUGGCCUAGGAGGCUUGACCGAAGAAAAUAUAAACCACAGCCGAGAAUGCUGCCAUGAUGCCGCUCUUGCUAUUACCAAACUUCUCCAGGCCAUUCGUCGCCAUUUCUCGCUCCGCCGUGUCAAUAUCCAAACCGUUCACCUUAUAUUCACGGCAAUGCUAGUGCAAACUCAAAGCGCCUUCCUAUCCCCCGACUUUCAGAUCCGUGACACAGCGCGAAGACAACUCGAAAUCUGUUCACAGGCCCUCGGCGAGAUUGGUCAAGCUUAUAAGAAUGCACUCCGAGCCUUGGAAGUCAUCACUUCUAUUAAAUCUGAACUCCUCCGCCGUGAAAGAAGGGAAUCCACUACCGGUCUUAGUAUUAUCGGCCAGUCAAGUUCCAUGAGCUCGAUGAUCCCAUUAGGCCAGAUCCCACCCGGAUUUCUCGGGGUAGAAACGGGGGCAUCACAAUCAUGGAUGGAUAAUUUUGCGAACGAUUCAUUGUUUAAUCGCUGUGGGAGUGCCCCAGGCAUUGACUUGGAACAGUGUGCUUCUAUGGCUGACCAAAUUCCUUUUCCCGACCAUUCUUCAUGGGCGCCAUGUGUCGGUUCCUCUGCUGCCUUGUGUUCUGAAAGAAAUGAUGCGGCAGCGUCGUCAAUGCAAUAA